CACGGCCUGGAGCGACGUCGAAGCCGGCCCUCAGCUGAGCCUGGUUGCGCCGCCGCAGCUGCAGCUGUGACGCGUCCGCAGCGGUGCACCUCGCCUCCAGGCACCUCUCGGGAGGAGGUCACGCCUGAGAGCAGGAAAGAUGUUACCUGUUCCAAUUCCAGGAAGGAUGUUACCGAUGAUGAUGAGAAUGUUAGCGCUGCUGCUGCUGCCCCUGAGUCAGGCUGCGCCCAGGGAUGGAACCACGAGGCUGGACCUUGAAGAGCAGCAACAGCCCCUACCCAACCCCUUCCAGCCAGGCCAGGAGCAGCUCCGACUUCUACAGAGCUACCUAAAGGGACUACAGAAGACGGAAGGAGAGCCAGAGCACAUGAGCCGCGAGCAGGUUCUCCUCUACCUCUUUGCCCUCCAUGACUAUGACCAGAGUGGACAACUGGAUGGCCUGGAGCUGCUGUCCAUGUUGACAGCAGCUCUGACCCCUGGAGCUGCUGACUCUCCCACCACCAACCCAGUGAUCCUGGUAGUGGACAGAGUGCUUGAGACUCAGGACCUGAAUGGGGAUGGGCUCAUGACCCCUGCUGAGCUCAUCAACUUCCCAGGAGAGACCCCGCAGCACACAGAGCCCCAGGAGCCACAAGAUGUUGGGAGGCAGCCCCUUUCAGCUAAAAGCCCAGCAACAAAAGAAGCACCAGAAGCCCUGGAUCCCAGAGAAGAAGCUGCAGGACAGGUGGAGGCCAGAACGGAGUCCUUGGAGCCUGUACAGGAGGCUGGGAGACAGGCGGAGGCUGGGGGACAAGCAGAGGCUGGAGGACAAGCCCCAGGCCCUGGAGGGGAGGCUGGGGGACAGGCAGAAGCCAGAGACAUAGGAGAGAAAGCAGAAGAGCUUCCAGGGGAAACACUGGAGUCUAAGAACACCGUAAAUAAGUUUGAGGUUCAUGCUAUUCAACUGGAGAAUGAUGAGAUAUAAACCUUAAAGAUACAGGUUUCUACCCCUAGAAGUCUCAGUGCCAGAACAUAAGGCCCAAAGGGUGGGAAGUGUAUGUUGGGAUAAGGACCACCUCUGUGUCCCCUUCUUGGCCCCAGUAGGUGGCAGGUCUUUCUGUGCAGCUCAGGGAAACCCUAACUUGAGGGGCAGCUUGAGGACUCAGACAACUAAUAAAGAACGAAUGAACUCA